UUGACGCAAGGCGGUGAAACACGGGGAGAGUGUUAGCCUCACUGCUGGGGGUGGAAUUGACGCGAAGUUCGCACGUCGAGACACGCAAGGAAAAGAGAGAGGGAGAGAGAGAGAGAAAGAGAGAAAAAGAGAGAUACGGGAAAUCUGGUGAUAACUCGUGAGUUCUUUCAAAGAUUCGCGAAAAAGAAUGGCGAGCCACGACGAGUUAGUCUCGCAAUUCGCAGACGUAACUGGUGUUGAGGCCGAGAGAGCGCAGUUCUACCUUGAAUCGUCCGCUUGGCAUCUCGAGGUCGCCCUCGCGAGUUUCUACGAGAACGACGAGCUACCGGCGUUGGUGGUAACCGAGCCGGUCGACGAUACAGAACGAGCGGAAGGGUUACGGGACAGUGGCGCGGACACGAUGUCGAAACACAGCAAGUCCGACGCGGUGGAGUCUACGGGCGCCAAGCCGAAGGCUAGGUUCGGGACAUUGAGCGAUCUUCAAAACAAAGAGAGCAGUUCCGAGGAUGAGGAGGGACAAGCGUUCUACGCCGGGGGUUCCGAGCACAGCGGACAGCAAGUCUUGGGACCGGGAAAGAAGAAGAAGGACAUCAUCAGCGACAUGUUCAAAUCGUGCCAGGAGCAGUCCCUUGCAGCGGAGCCGCCGAAAAUGGGAGGGCAACAGAGGCCGAACACGUUCAGCGGUACCGGGUACAAAUUAGGUCAAACUAGCUCCGACAGCGAAGUGGUGAUGGGAGCAAGCGCGGAUCAGCAAUCCUCGAGUGGUCUCAUCACGCUGAAGCUGUGGAAGGAUGGUUUCACCAUAAACGACAGCGAAAUCCGCUCGUACAAUGAGCCGGAGAACAGGGAGUUCUUAGCCGCUGUGAAGAGAGGCGAGGUCCCGGCAGAGAUCCGUCAGCAGGUGCAGGGCGCGGAUCUGCGGCUUGAUAUGGAGGAUCAUCGUCAUGAGACCUACGUCCCGACGAAGAACAAAGUGAAGGCCUUCUCGGGAAAGGGGCACAUGCUGGGAAGCCCGUCGCCGGCUACCGUGGGUAUGACAGUUCCAACGGAUCCCGCCGACCAGGCUGCUAAUGAAGCGCAGGCGAAGAAAGAAUUGAACGUGGACGCUUCGAAACCGACCACGACGAUACAAAUUCGCCUCGUGGACGGGAGUACCGUGAAGGCUCAGUUCAAUUUGACGCAUACAAUCAGUGAUAUUAGACGGUACAUAGUAACUAUGAGACCACAGUACGCUUUGAGGGAAUUUAGCCUUUUAACUAUGUAUCCAACGAAGGAGCUCACCGAAGAUAAGACGAUCGAGGAAGCUGGUUUGCAAAGUUCGGCUAUAAUGCAACGACUGAAAUAAAGCUUUUUUUCUAAAUUUCCUUAGUUCGAAGAAAAAAAAUGUAAGGGUCAGAUAUUUACCAAAUAUAUGUUAAACCACUUGAAAAUAAAGUUUCUAUGUAUUUUUAUUAGGAGUAUAAUGCCUCUUUCAUUAUGUUUUCUUUCUUUUAUUGUGCGCCAAGCGAGCUUAAGCUUUUCGCUAUGUACUACCGUAAAAUUGUUAAAGCCUAAUGCAGUCUUGAAUUUCAUUCAUUAAUCAUGAAUGUGCUUUUGAUAAUUUCUAUAAUAAAAGUAUCUCUUAAAUAUACAUACAAUUUUACAUGUUACGAUAAGUAUCGAAGUAGUAUCGAAACUUAAGGCUAUUGGAAAUAAGCAAUUCUUUAUUAUAGCUUAUAAUCUAAAAUGUACAAAAUAUUGAAUUAGCUAAUUUGUCUGGUAUAUAUAAUGAAGGCACCCUGUAUGAAA